AUGUACAACUCGACGAAUAAUACAACGACUGGCUCGGAAUCGAUAUUCGGCAUGUUGGCAGAAUGGCAAGUGAAGUGCUUGAUCACCAUUACGAUGCUUCUUAUUAGUGGCCUCCUUUACCUGGAUCGCCCGGUUGUCUACCCAGGUAUACCUUUAAUGGGAGUUGGGAAAGGGUGGUUUGCGUAUAGGCAGGCAGUUAGGAAGUAUCGCGUCAACGGAAAUGAUAUGGUGAAGGAAUAUUCCAAGACCAAUAAGCCCUUUCAGGUCAUUACAAAUACAAUCACCAAAAUUUUCUUACCAGCUGAAUAUGCCGAGGAGAUCAAGGGAAUUAAGGAGCUGAGCUUUAGCAAGAGUGUUAUAAUUGACAUUUUUGGCGGAUAUCGUGGUUUUGAAGCCAUCACCGCCUUUGCUGACGACAGCAAUAUCAUCCAAACGAUUUCUCGUUUGAAGAUUACAACUUCACUCAAAUAUCUAACCGACGAGAUAUCUGACGAGGCAUCCGCUGCACUACAAGAACAUCUGGGAAAUGACGCUCAAGAUUGGAAAGAGGCCAGCAUCAAACCCAUCGUCCGCAACCUCAACGCCCGCCUCUCGGCCCGCGUCUUUGUCGGACCCGAGCUCUGCCGAAACAAGGCCUGGCUGGAGGUAUCGGCCAGCUACGUUAGGCAAUGCAGCGUCGCAGCCCUUAAACUGCAGGAGUGGCCUCGUGUGAUGCAGUGGCCUGUCAGUUUCUUUCUCCCCGAGUGCAGAGCCCUGCGACGCAUGACGUGUGAUGCGCGUCGGAUCUUGGAGUCCAUUUCUUCGAAUCGCAACAAACCGGUAGAUCCAAAGCGCCGGGGAGGAGAUACUAUCUUGUGGAUACAAGAAGCCCUCACCAAGGCCAAGCUCUCCCAUAAAUACUCGGUAACAGACUUUCAGCUCGGCUUGGGCUUCGUCGCCAUCCAUACAACCACCGAGCUGCUCACCAAUGCACUUUUGGACAUAGUAACCAUCGGAUCGGAGCUUAUUGAUGAACUACGGAGAGAAAUUAUACAAGUGUUCAAUGGGGGACAUGGUAACACUUUAUACAACGACGGAGAGGUCUUUACAAAGGAGCGGCUGUAUAAGCUACGCUUGCUGGAUAGCACCUUGAAAGAGACGCAGCGCCUGGGCAUGUCAAGGUUUGGCGUCAUGCCACGUGUAGCUACAGCCCCCGUCACACUCAAAUCCGGACUUACAAUCCCGGCCGGCGCCUACACCAACGUGCUCUUGACGGCACACACGGACCCGUCGAUAUACCCGUCCCCGGAGAAGUUUGACCCGCGCCGCUUCCUGUCUCUGCGAUCCCGUCCGGGCCAAGACAGGAACUGGCAAAUGGUGACGACCAGCCCGCACCACUUGGCGUUUGGGUACGGGGAUCACGCGUGUCCGGGGCGGUUCCUGGCCGCGGCACAGGCCAAGAUUGCGCUGGUGAGGCUGCUGAUGGAGUACGACUGGCGGUUAGAGGGGGGAAGGCCAGAGAGUUUGAAUAUGGGCGGUGGGAUAAGUUCGGCCGAUCCGAAUGCAAAGGUCUUGUUCAGGAAAAGGAAGGCGGAAGUACUGUUUUGAGUAGAGGAAGAUGAAGAUGAAGAAAAAGAGUUUAAACUAAAGAAUACUUUAAGCUCGUGUAAAACGAACUUGGUAUGGUUCAUGAGGAGCUUCGUUUUGGCAUUUUGAUAGGGAGCGUGACUCACGGUCAGCCAACCCUGUGUAGAGGUUUAUUUUUCAAGGGGGGCUAAAGGCAAGGCACGUUAUUCGAGUUUCAAAUUACUAUAGAGUUUAUAUACAUUAUCAAGUACUCAACCGUAGUAUCAAGCCAGUGGAACCCUAUUCUAGAUAGUUGAGUCACAGCGACUACUUAUUAC